AUGCCGUCCUCCUCUUGCCCCCAGUGCCCGCCUAAGGGCUCCCGCAACCCAUCUAGGGCUGUGCCGAACAAGAUAACCCAAGACUGCGGCUACUACGAUCGCGGCUACAUUUGCUGCGUGCACGAGAGUCUAGACACGGUCAUUCAGCAUAUCCUGAAGGACAGCGACGGCAUCAGGGACAACCCCUUCCUCCGCAAACAGAUCGUCGACCAACUCAAGUGUUGCACGGAUACCAACCCCACGCGCCGGAUGGGAAAGCGGCGGCCGUGCGUUCUCUUGUCGAUCGUGCACCCCGACCAGAACACCGGGGGCCCCAACGGGCCGCAAAUCUGCGUCAUGGGCACUUUCGGCGGCAAGCUCCCGAAGGGCAGGGUGUACCUCCAUUUCUGCAUCCCCGUGUUCCCGAACUGCGGAUUGGAGGACGCUUCGAACGGAAAGCGUAGCCACAUGCACGCAUGCCCGCGGGACUGGAAGCAUUGCAAGCAGUGGGUCGUCGCGUUCGCGUACCGCAGCACGAGUGCCAUCCUCGGCACUUGGCGGGCUUCAUGGCCGCGCGCCCGUACCGCCACGACUCCUCAGGUUUGGCUCGACAAGCAAAACCAGGCAUGGCUGAUAGACCAGUGCGUGGAGAGGCUCGACUCGUGGUCCGCCUUGUGUAAAGCCAACCCCGGAUUUGCGCGAGGCUGCGUGUUCGAGCACCAGCCAGUGGCACAGCCGACCGGGAAGCGUGAAGCCUUAAACUACUGCCAUCAGAAGGGAAGCCAAGGGCCAUGCGAGCCGACGUGGUCUCUGCGCGAGAAGAUGUCUUCAAUGAACAUGUCGCAUGGGCCAACGACAACUAGCACAGCGCACUAG